GUUAAUCCUGUGAGUAGUGUACUACGAAUCUAAUUGGAAAAUCUUAUUUAUCUUUCUUGAUACCAUUUAUUUCGUUUGUUCCUAUAAUGACGAAAAAAACGUUAAAGAGAAAGCAGAAAGAAGAUGUGGAGAAAGAAGAUGUACCGAAAAAGAAAGUGGCAGAUGAACCUGCUGCUAAAAAGGUGAAGUGGAUCAACAGGCAACGGGUAUUGGUAUUUGCUACUCGAGGUAUCAAUUAUAGACAUCGACAUCUCAUGGAGGAUUUAAAAAAACUGAUGCCACAUCAUCGUCCAGAAUGCAAGAUGGAACGCACUAAGAACUUACAAGUAGUAAACGAGAUGUGUGAAAUGAAGAAUUGCAACAAAGCUAUCCUGUUUGAAGGUCGAAUGAAGCGGGACCUUUAUAUAUGGUUCGCUAAUAUACCCACUGGUCCAAGUGCAAAAUUUCUCAUAGAAAAUAUUUAUACAAUGGGAGAGUUGAAGAUGACAGGAAAUUGUUUGAGAGGAUCUCGGCCAUUAUUAUCAUUUGAUGAAAAUUUCACCACACAUGCGCAUUAUAGUCUUUUGAAGGAAUUACUGACACAGAUUUUUGGUGUACCAAAUCAUCAUCCUAAAAGUCAACCGUUCUUUGAUCAUGUAUAUACAUUCACUGUUCUAGACAAUAGGAUAUGGUUCCGAAACUUCCAAAUUUUAACAGAGGAUGGUGCAUUAACCGAAAUUGGUCCAAGAUUUGUUUUGAAUCCAGUCAAAAUAUUUAGUGGAAGUUUCGGCAGUGAUACUUUGUGGGAAAAUCCCAAUUACAUUUCCCCUGCCAAGCUUCGUCAAUCAUUAGCAAAAAAGGCUGCUAAUAAGUAUAUAAAUAGAGUGGAACAGAAAAUGGUACAACAGGCAAAUAAACCUGACUUGUCCUAUGCAGUUAAUCCCACAGAUGAAAUAUUUAAGGGUGACUUAUUGGAAAAAGCAAUGGAAAUGGAAGAAAAAUUUGAGACGGAUAAAAAUGAAAAUACAGAAAAGCUUGUGAAAAACAAAGUGAAAAAGAUAAAAAAGAAGCCCAUGGUAGCUAAAAAAGUUAAAAAAGCAAAAUCUGUA